UCAAAUACCUGUCCUUAUAUAUAUACAUAAUUACAUCGGCAGUAAAUUGGCUGUAUAGGCAGACCCGAUGAGUUGAAUUCAGUGCUGGGUAAGCGCACUAAUAUAGAGUGACGAUACCUGUGACGUUGGAGUCACGAGAAAGGAGACAUUGAGCGGCAGAACUACACAGCCCAUAUUGAACAUCGUAUAUUGCACUGGAUUUCGCCUACAACGACUUUGUCAAACGUUGAUAUUAAUUCAAAUCAUUUUGUGACUUCUUUCGGACGACCAACAUCUUUCAUUCCGAGAUGUACUGUGACGGAGGUCAAGCCGCAGUUUUAGGCGUCAGUUUCGCAUUUGCUGUGAUGCUUUGUUUCGAUUUCUGCACCCCAUCUUCGGCUGUCGUAUACUGCCCGCCGUUAUGGAUUCCUUGGGGCUCAUCUUGCUACCGUCUCACCGGCCAGGGGGCGAGCUGGGACGAAGGCCAGGCUAGUUGCCGUGAUAUGGGUGCGGUGAUGGCCGCUCCUCACUCAGAACAGGAGAAUACAUUCAUGGCAACCACGACAAAGAACGCAGGACCAAGUUGGUUGUGGGUUGGUUGCAAAUUCAUCGAUAGAGCAUGGAGGUGCGAGGGCCAGGAGGUCGGGCAGGCGUACUCAAACUGGAGGCCCGGAGAACCCAGCAUCAGGGAUGGUUCCAGCCCUUCUAGUGAUUACUGCGCCUAUUUUGGUUCAACAACCCAAGGAUGGAAUGACGUCCCGUGCACAGAACCACCCAAAGCUAUGUGCGUCCUGCGAUCACCAGCACACAUUCAGCACCAGGGCUUCUCUCAAGGCAACGCCCAGCAGCAGCAACUAAACUCGUGCCUCGUCGAUCAUGUCAUCAGAGAAUUCGUCACCAAGAGCGCCUCGAGAUGCGCCUCGGCCUGCCUGAAGGAACCGGGAUGUCGCUCCUUCAACAUCAAGGGCACCAAACAAGAACAGAAACUGUGUCAGCUCAAUGAUGCAAAUCGCGCUGAUGAUCCGGAGAAGUUUCAGGAGGUCAGCACUCGAUGUGUUUACUACUCUGCCUAAAAAUGUAACAUUACAGGCGAAAAACACUUUAAAUCUCCUUUCGAGCUAAAUAUAAAGUAGUCACUGCAUGUCAAACAUUGAGUCGCACAAUUACAUAUAGCCUACAUUAAGUGAUUUCUGCAGAGUUCGAAGUAUUGGCCUAUUCGUGUUUUCUGCUGCUGUUGAUUUGAAUUUUCUUUGGAACAUUGAGGUAUGUCUUUAUGUGUUUUCAUUCAGCUAUCUUGCCUCAUCAUUCUGUUCAGUCGUUAGCUUUGUUUCUACAGAAGAUAAAUUGGUAUAGGCAUAAUGCUUAAAGGUUUGAUCGCUUCAGUAACCUGCAUCGGUGUGAUGAGCUAAGAUGGAAUUGUGGAACAGGCUCUCUAUAGUCUCCUUACAUUAAUUAUUUGCACUGGCAUGAAACUGUGGCUCGGUGGUUGAAAUCAAAGAUAAUUACAUUCGCUGGGAAAACGUCGAUGAAUUGUCAAAAUAAUGGAAUUUGCGCUGAGGGGCUGUACAUAAUAAACGACUUUUGCUCUUCACCGAUAUAGGGCUAUAAUCACGGCAUUGAUAGGCGGGCACCGAUCGAUAUAUCACUGACAGAAUGGAAAGUCAAGAUAUGGCAGUCUUUGUUCAAGUCUGGAAUUGGAUAUGAACUCCGCUCAUGCAGCCGGUGA